CGGAAGGGGCGGGGCUUCUUGCUGCAAGGUCGCGUGUCUCCAGGUGUCGCAGGGGGUCCCUUAGGCCAGGCGUCAAAACUGGAGCCUGGGGGUUAGUCCUGGGGCGGAGAUGAAGGCACGCUGGGCCAGGCCCCGCCGACUUCCCUCUUGCACUCAGCUUUCCAACGCCGAUCCGAGCGGGGUGGGCGGUGUCGCGGGCGUGAUGUCAUCGCUAGGCGUCGCGCACAUCCCGAAGGAGCCUUGACCUCUUCGCGUGGGGAGCUGCGCCGCAAUGCUGCAGCUAGUCCGGGCUGGGGCGCGGGCCUGGCGCAGGCCCACGGGCUGCCGGGAAUUGAACGCGCUGGCGGAAGAGGCAGCACCCCAGGCGGCGAAGCCAGAGUCAGUAGCCAGCGCGGGUCCCCAGGUGCCCGUGCUGCGCAGGUGCGAGCUCCCGGUACCCGCGCCCCGGCGUCCGGUGCAGGCCUGGGUGGAGUCACUGCGCGGCUACGAGCAGGAGCGCGUGGGUCUGGCCGAGCUGCACCCCGAAGUUUUCUCCACAGCGCCCAGGUUGGAUAUCCUGCACCAGGUUGCCAUAUGGCAGAGGAACUUUAAGAGAAUUAGCUAUGCCAAGACCAAGACUAGGGCCGAGGUGCAGGGUGGAGGCCGGAAGCCUUGGCCACAGAAAGGCAGUGGGCGUUCCAGGCAUGGCAGCAUCCGCUCCCCGAUCUGGCGAGGAGGAGGCAUUGCCCACGGCCCCCGGGGCCCCACGAGCUACUACUACAUGCUGCCCAUGAAGGUGCGGGUGCGGGGCCUCAAGGUGGCGCUGACGGUCAAGCUGGCCCAGGAUGACCUGCACGUUGUCGACUCCCUGGAGCUGCCGACCUCCGACCCCCAGUACCUGACCGAGCUGGCCCGCUACCGCCGCUGGGGGGACUCUGUGCUCCUUGUAGACUUAGCCCACGAGGACAUGCCUCAGAACGUCAUAGCAGCCGUCUCCGGCCUCAAGACCUUCAACCUGAUCCCGGCUGUCGGCCUGAACGCGUACAGCAUGCUCAAACACCAGACCCUGGUCCUGACCCUGCAGACCAUCGCCUUCCUGGAGGAGAAGCUGCUCUGGCACGACUCGCGCUACACGCCCCUCUACCCCUUCCGCCUGCCCUACCGCGACUUUCCCUGAGCCCCGGUCCUCCUCCGCCCUUUGGGGCCCGGCAGCCUCGUGCCCGCCCUGUGGGGGGCGGAGCGGCGCGGCCCAGACCCCGUCAUCCCAAUGCGGCUGCGCACAGAGCGGCCAAGCACCGAACUCUGGCCCCAAUUUUCGCUUUCAUUUUUAAGAUGAAUCUUAUUUUUUAAUCAAAAAAGAGAAACAGAACAGCUCAUUGCCAUUGUGUAAAUAAAUCCACUUGGCAAGUCAAGCUCAUCCUCAGUGCUAGGUGCUGCUGGGUACCUCCGUCCUCAGGGCUGUUUACAGCAGUGACCCACACUCAGCUCCAGUAGGACGAGAGGGGCUCCAGGAGGGCGCAGAGGAGGGCCCAGCUGUCCGUAGGAACCAGCUCCCAGUGCCUCCCCACUGCCCAGCACUGGACCCGAGAAUUCACAUCCCGGUUUGAUUCUGCAAAUAGGAAGUGUAAACCUGAGCUUUCAUCAUCAUGAUUUCCCCUAAGCAGAGUCUGAAUCCUUGUGGUCAAUAAAUGAGCAAAUAAACACAUUUUUUUAAGAACA